UCCGGCAUUUUAAGAAGGGACAAAUUGCGUAGAACAUUUACGAAAAAUUACUUUUUAGCCACACCAGAUAAUAAUAAUAAUCAUGUCUGCUGAGCCUCCUUUAAAACCACGUACCCAUCUUUUUAAAAAUAAGGGAAAAGAUGCCGAGGAAAUGAGAAGACGACGAACUGAAGUCACUAUUGAACUUCGAAAGAAUAAACGUGAUGAGCAUGUGUUGAAGCGGAGAAAUGUUCCGGCCCAGGACAGCACGGACUCUGAGGAUAGCGAGAAGCCGACCACGCAGACACUGCAGCAGAUCGUGGAGAAGGCAAACAGCACCGACACCACCAUUCAGUUGAACGCCGUCCAGGCCGCCAGGAAGCUCCUAUCAAGUGAUAGAAAUCCUCCCAUUGAUGAUCUGAUAUCGUCUGGAAUUCUCCCCAUUCUUGUCGACUGUCUGAUGAAAGAUGACAAUCCGUCAUUACAGUUUGAAGCAGCAUGGGCAUUGACAAAUAUUGCUUCCGGGACCUCCUUGCAAACACAGGCAGUUGUGGCUGCUGGAGCUGUUCCAUUGUUUCUAAGAUUACUUCACUCUCAGCACCAGAAUGUCUGUGAACAGGCAGUUUGGGCAUUGGGGAAUAUAAUCGGCGACGGGCCACAAUGCAGGGAUUAUGUAAUUAACUUGGGUGCUGUGGCACCACUACUUGCUUUCAUCAAUCCCAGUAUACCCUUACCUUUUCUACGAAACGUUGCUUGGGUUAUCGUCAACUUGUGUCGCAACAAGGAGCCACCGCCACCGGUGGAAACGAUAAAAGAAAUUCUUCCAGCACUCUGUCAACUGAUCCAUCAUACAGAUGUGAAUAUUCUAGUUGACACUGUGUGGGCUCUGUCAUAUCUAACGGACGGCGGUAACGAUCAGAUUCAGAUGGUGAUAGACUCGGGUGUCGUCCCUUUCCUAGUUCCGUUACUUAGUCAUGCAGACGUCAAAGUUCAGACGGCAGCGUUGCGUGCGGUGGGUAACAUUGUGACAGGAACGGACGAACAGACACAGAUUGUCCUAAAUUCUGACGCCCUUUCACAUUUUCAUGCACUUCUCACCCAUCCGAAAGAAAAAAUAAACAAGGAGGCGGUGUGGUUUUUGUCAAACAUAACGGCUGGCAACCAGCUUCAAGUACAGGCUGUGAUAGACGCAGGUCUUAUUCCUUUAAUAAUCCAUCACCUGCGUAAGGGAGAUUUCCAGACACAAAAGGAAGCGGCGUGGGCAAUAAGCAAUUUAACAAUUAGCGGUAAACGAGAACAGGUUGCCUAUGUUGUUGAACAAGGGGUCAUUGACCCAUUCUGCAACCUGCUCGGGGUAAAAGAUGCCCAGGUGGUCAAUGUUGUGCUCGAUGGUGUUAAUAACAUUUUGAAACUGGCGGGAGACACGACGGAGGCUAUAGCUCAAAUGAUAGAGGAAUGCGGAGGUCUAGAUAAAAUAGAACAUUUGCAAGCCCAUGAAAAUGAAGACAUUUAUAAACUUGCUUAUGAAAUAAUAGAUCAUUUCUUCUCUGGAGAGAUUGAAGAGGAAGCAUUACUGCCAACAGCAUCUAACGAAGGCUACCAGUUUGAUCCCAAUGCUCAGAUUCCAUCAGAAGGAUUCAAGUUUUGACGACGGAUACAGUUUGGCCUUAUUGAGUCUUGUGGCCGACUGUGCACCUGCAUUUAAUAACGCCAACAUUGAAGACUUUCCCACGACCUUCGCUCCUCGGCUGACUUUUGACUUGCCACUUAAUUGGUAUCUGCGUUGGAUUGUCAUUGGGGAUCUGGAAUUUUUAAUAUAUUUUUUAAUUAUUUAAAAAAGAAAGAAAUGUCCACCCAGUGACAACAUUCUAGCCAAAUUGAAUGACUGGCUGACGCGCAUUUAAACAGCCUGGGGUUUCCCCCGACUUCCACACUGUGAACUACUGAAAUGGGAGGGAGAGAGAAUUCUUUGCGGAAAAAGAAAUUCGGAAAACUACAAAGUGCCUAGUCCAGAACAUAACAAUGAAUGAAGGCUAUCAAUUCUUCCUGGCUAUAUUGUUCGACUGGAUUUGGUGAUAUAACCUUGGGGAAGAACUCUUUUUUUUUUCUUUUUUUUCUUUUUUUAUACACAAAAGACUUGACGGUCACCAGAAGACAUUUAAAAAAAAAAAAAAAGUUAAGAAAGAAAAAGGGGGGAACAACCCUCUCUGCAGAUGGUUUCUUUCUAGAGGAUUGGUGCUUUUUUUCUAACUGAAUGUCUCGAAGUUUUUUUUAGCUAGCAUCUUGAACUGCCGCUAAAAAACGUGACAUGAAAAUCCUCGGAAAGUGCCAUCUGUAUUGUGUACCAAGUCUGUGUGCCCCCCAAAGACGUCUGUGACGGACAGUGCUUCAUUGAUAGAACGCUUAAUGUUUGUUCAAACAGACUGCGACUGAGACAACGGUAUCCAGAUGCACAGUUUUAUUUCGUUCUCCUGACACUGCGUUUGUUGAUCAGUGAUAUAGAUUAUAGAUAUAUAUAAAUAGAUAUAUAAAUAGAUGUACAUACACAUUUGACCCAAGGUUUGUUAAAAAGAAUUAAAAAAUUGGAGGAUUUUUUUUUUUUUUUUUUUUUUUUUUUUUUUACCAAUGAAUUUUAACCUGUAAUUGCCCCAUACGACUUGUUAGCCAGAAUUAAAAAAAAAAAUGAAAGACUGAUGGAUUUAAAAGAAAAUACAUAAUACUUAAAGCAUGUGUGUGGUUUUUGUAGGGUCUUUUUUUUUAAUAUAAAUAAGUUCUGUGUAACCAAUUUGUUUCACCUGUUUCUGUUUUUGUUUUUUUUCACUUAAAAGUCUUUCAAAGAACUGAUUUAUAAAGGCUUUUUUAUGUGAUUUAAUUAGGAUUUUAAUUUAAUUCGCACAGUGUGAUAACUUAUAAACAGUCAUGUGGACUAUUUGUUUGCAUAAAUUAAAGAGACCAUCUGCAUUUUGAAAGGGACUAUCAUUAGUUUUCUGCCAUUGCAACUCGUUUACCUUUUAGAUGACUAAAAUUACAUAUUAAAUUUAUUUUUCUGUUUAGAAUAUCUGUGUCUGUAUAAACAAGUUGUUUGUUGUCGUCCUAAUGUUUGUAGGAGCUCAAACUGAAUAUUUUCUGAAAGAAUUUUGUGCGCAUUAAAAUAUACCACACAAAGUAAAAUUAACAGUGCCUGCUACAAACUGUUUUACAUGACUACAUACACAUUAGAUGUACACAGAUUGGUAUUCUAAAGAAGAAAAUAGAUUUAAGAUGUACUUUGUCUUUCUUCUUCUUCUGCAUUCAAUCUUUUUAUGGCUGUCCCAUCAGUAAUCCGGAUGUGACUAUGGAGUUUUCCCGUCUUCCGGAGGUUGUCGACAGAUCGUUUUAGUCUUUGAAAAAUAUGUAAUUUUAGUUGAUGAAAAAGGCUGUUGGUCCUAAACCUCUUACAAUGGCUGCAAACUCAAGAUAGUCUCUUUUAACAUUAAAUACAUUUUUUGUAACAUGUUCCACUUUUUAACUAUAUUAAAAUUAAGAAAUAAUUGUGUCGGAGGGAGGAGGGAAACGUCGGUCCCAGAAGUAUUUAAAAUUUCUAAUGCAGUUUUUAUAAUUUUAGUAUGAUUAAUUGUAUAAAUGAUGAGACCAUUUAACCAAUGAAAAGGUAAUAAUUGUAACUAAAUGUUUGACAUUCAAUAGCUGAGAAUUGAUAAAUAAAUGUGCUUUAGUUGGGUUUUUUUUUAUAGCAAAAACAUGAUACUAGUGAUAAUGUCUGUUAGAGGAAAAGUGAAAAACACAAACUCCACUAAAUAUCAAGUAAAAGAUAAUCUAGUACCACUAUGUGUUAACUUGGUCUUGUCCAAAAAUAAAUUUAGUUUAUCAGAAUACAUGUGCCAAACGUGUAAGAAUUUAAACCGGGUUUACAAGGUUACAAGUUUUUUUCCUACUAGUUGAGCACAUGCAUUUUAAAUGCUUUUUUAAAUAACAGGAUGUCCAAGACAUCCCAAGUAAAUCUACGUUCUAGUAUAUUUAAUUUAAAAAAGAAUGUUCUAAUAUUAUUCAGUAACAUACUGACUACAGGUGUAAGUUACAUGGUAUUUGAGAAAUGUUUGAUAAACUUUUGAACAUGUCCCUCGCAUUUCUCUGACCAUGUCGGUAUCUCCCACAUAAAGCAGGCCUCUAACCCUUUUGUAUCUCUGACCGUGUUGGUAUCUCCCACAUAAAGCAGGCCUUUGACCCUCUUGUUUCUCUGACCGUGUUGAUAUCUCCCACAUAAAGCUGGCCUCUGAAAAUUGCGAGAAUGAUCGUUAAAUUCACGCGUUGCUAAUUUUUGCCUAACCUAUUUUCUGUUCGCACAAAAUUUGGAGCACCAUUUACUUCGAUAUAGCGGUUAUGCAAAAAGGGAAAUGGCUUACCUGGAUUUAUUUUUGUGUAACCGAUAAAUGGGUCAUGCAGAUUCUCAAUUCCCAGAGGCCUGUAAAGGUUACCAACAGUUUAACUUGCAUGGUUUUAUUGUUUUGACAUCACCGUAACAUUUUGUACAAAUGUCCAAGAUUUCAUCUUUUUGUCUCACCAUGAGAUAUAGGGAUUAUCUUACAGCAAUGGUGACCAUGUCGACAUUCGUGUUAAGCUCCAACUUUUAAGGUUUUUUUUUUUUCUAAUUAGAUUCAUGUCUCACAACCUGUAAGUAUUAGACCAAUAAAAUUUGGUUUAUAGUGUCACCUAUGCAUGUUUAUCUCCGUACAUGUUACAAAAUUUGUUAAAUUUAGCUGAAUGUUACAUUUUUACAAUUAGGUCAGUUUGUCACAAACUGUUUUGGAUCAAUCAAACUUGAUUUGUAGUUGCAUCUAUAAAUGUUCAUUUAUAUGCAUGUGGGGUAAAAAUGAGCUUUUUUUUUUUUUUAAACAUGAAUUGAGAUUUACAUCUAUGGAUGCAAUUAUCAGUGACGCCAAAUAUAUUAUGGUAGGCUACACGUUAAAUCCACUUAAUUCUGGACACUUUAUUCAUUACAAAUGCACAUAUAAAACAUGGUUUACAUUUUAAACAGAAUUGGUAAAAAAAAUUAGUUGUGCAAUGUUUAUAUUGGAUAUGUCCAAUAGCACAAAAAUCCCAACAUAUUUCUAAACAUCCCAUUAAAGUAUUUUAUAACUAUUUAGAAGUAUUGACUUUUUUAGGAAUUAAAUGCUGGAAACGUUUUAUGUUGAGUAAAUUAAAAAUGUUAUUUAGCAGCCUUGUACAGAAUGUGCUUGUUUGUGCUAAUUUGUAUAAAUUAUUCAUAAUAUUUUUGUUAGGGGAAAAGAAGCCUAUCCUUAAACCUACUACUGAAUUGACGUUAAUGUUAUUGGCAUCGUUAUGGAACCCAUGGAAAUGUUUAUAAACAGGCUUUUUAAAAGACCAGGCCAGGGGCCUAAUUCACAAAGGUCUCUUAGGCUCUGCUAGACACCAAAGCAUCCUCUUUGCAAGUCUUUUAGCAUUGCACUGCGAGAUAGCAAAGUUUGAAUCUGGACUCUCUAAAAGUUUUAUAAGCAAGGGCCCUGAUAAGAAAUGUCAUUCCUUAUUAGCUUGAUACCUGAUGUUGAAAAAUUUAAAGAUGAAAACCAUCCAGUAUUUCCAACUUCAGUGCAUAUCCAAAAACUAUACAGGUGUCCUUUUGUUUUUUCCCUUCAGGCCGACAGUAACUAGUUCUAAAAGAUGUGCAGUGGGUUUUUUAAUUUUUUUAUUCAUCUCCGAUUUAACACACACACACACACACCCAUAAAAACGUACUUUGAGUUUGUUUUUUUUUUAAUUUAAAGUUAUGUUUGGACAUAGUUAAGUUUAAGGACAUCGGUGUUGUUUUUAAAAAAAAUUCCACAUACCAAAUUAUUUUAUAUCUAGGAUUUUAUACUUUUUUCUUUUCUUUUUUAAAGCCUACAAACAUAUCUAGGGGUUCCUGAAUACUAAUGGCAUGUUUUCCAUAAAGGAAUAAAAUUACUUAGAAUAUUCAAAAUUUAACUGUUGUGAAAAAAACAACAGAUUUUUAUUGUCUCUGUACAAACAAUAUUGCUCAACACAUUGUAACCCUAUUACAUAAUAAUAAUAAAAACCGUCAAAUGAUGCACAUAAUGUUUUAUUUAUUGCAAAUGUGGUUCCCUUUCCCCAGCAGGCCAUUGGAAGUUCCUGUCAUUUUAAGGAUAGGUCUUGGGUGGACACUCAAUAUCUGCCUAUUGGGUUGCCAACCAGCUUUUAUGCAUAACUCGUGUUGUUGGGAGGUGUCAUGUGAAUUGUUAAUUUGUUGUUCUCCCAUCAUCAUUGGACCAUUUCAGGUAUCAUCAUCUUAAGAGUGAAUUAAAAACCUCUUCCAUCACAUUUUAAUAUCUGCAGAUGUUUGUACAAAAAGUGAAAAUAUUAAACCAAGGCCCUCAUUUUGUGGACCUUAAUGUCAAUAUUAAAUGUUUGGAGGAAAUAACAACUGCCAUAGAUAAAACAUCCAAUACACAUGAUUACACCGAUAAAUCGGUAAUAAAUUGGAUGUUUUGUAUUAAAAUGAUUGGUAGAUGAAGUAAAUUACAAUAUUAUUAAACUAUUGAUUUAAAAAAAAAAAAAAAAAAAAAAAAAAAAUCUAAUGCCACUUUUUGGCAGUUAUAUACUAGAGGUAACAUUCUCAGUUCGACCAUAACUUGAAGUUGAGAUAAUCAUUGUCCUUCCAUUUUAAAUACUAUGGCAGUAUCAAAUGUCUUCAUGUCUAACAAAUGAAAUGGUCCAAUGUCUCGUAAAGUUCUGGACAGCAUUCCAUAACGAUAGUCUGUUAAAAGCAGAACAAUGGAGGCUGGUGUAUAUUAAAUUUAUUUUAUGCAAAAACAAAAUGUUAAAAAAUGUUUCGGCAUUAAAUGUGGAAACCUUCAAUGUUCUGCAGCAACUUGUUUAAAUUGUUUUUAAAAGUUUUAUAUAUAAAAAUGAAAGUCUUGCUAAUGCUGUCCAAAAUAUAGUUGCAAGGCAGUCCUUUACAAUGUUUAGACUUGAAAAUAAAAAUCAAAUUAUUCUGA